AUGCCCAACAUUGUGCUCUUCAGCGGUUCCUCGCACCAGGAUCUGUCCCAGAGCGUGGCCGAACGGCUGGGCCUGGAGCUGGGCAAGGUGGUCACCAAGAAGUUCAGCAACCUGGAGACCAGUGUGGAGAUCGGUGAGAGCGUGAGAGGGGAGGAUGUCUACAUCAUCCAGAGUGGCUGCGGAGAAAUCAAUGACAACCUGAUGGAGCUCCUCAUCAUGAUCAACGCCUGCAAAAUCGCAUCCUCAUCCAGGGUGACGGCUGUGAUCCCAUGCUUCCCGUACGCCCGCCAAGAUAAAAAGGACAAGGUAGGCGAGAGCCGGGCUCCGAUUUCUGCGAAGCUUGUGGCCAACAUGCUCUCGGUGGCUGGGGCUGACCACAUCAUUACCAUGGACCUUCAUGCCUCGCAGAUACAGGGCUUCUUUGACAUUCCCGUGGAUAACUUGUAUGCGGAGCCUGCGGUCCUGCAGUGGAUCCGAGAGAACAUUGCUGAGUGGAAGAGCUGCAUCAUCGUCUCCCCAGAUGCAGGCGGAGCCAAAAGGGUGACAUCUAUUGCGGACAGGUUGAAUGUAGAGUUUGCUUUGAUUCACAAAGAGAGGAAGAAGGCAAACGAGGUGGAUCGGAUGGUUCUGGUGGGUGACGUGAAGGACCGUGUGGCCAUCCUGGUGGACGACAUGGCCGACACCUGCGGCACAAUAUGCUAUGCUGCCGACAAGCUACUUUCAGCUGGAGCCACCAAAGUCUAUGCUAUCCUGACCCAUGGAAUCUUCUCUGGGCCGGCCAUUUCCAGAAUCAAUAAUGCUGCCUUUGAGGCGGUGGUCGUCACAAACACAAUUCCGCAAGAGGACAAAAUGAGACACUGCUCCAAGAUUCAGGUAAUUGACAUUUCCAUGAUAUUGGCGGAGGCCAUCCGGAGGACACACAACGGUGAAUCCGUGUCUUACCUGUUCAGCCAUGUUCCCUUAUAA